AUGCGGCGCGUCUUCGUCGCCGUCGCGCUCCUCAAGCACGUCGCAUCGUGCGUGUACCUUCUCCUCUUGGGCCUCAUCAUGCUCUUCGCAAAGCCGUCGGACCAAGUCAAAUUCCAAGUCUACGCCAUGACGUCGCUGAGUGCGCCCUUGUACUUGAGCUUUGCUUUCACCCACUUGCUCGGUGCGAUUUCGCUGUUUGUACCGAUCCGCUGCCGUCGGUCGUUGACGCCCAUGCGCUGGCGCAGCCUCUCGGUGCCGUCCCGCGUCGUCCAACUCGGCAACGUGGUGGAAACAACCGUCCAGCUCCUGCAAGCCUGGCGGCUCAGCAAGUAUACCGUCGACGUCGACGUCUGCGUCGCGUAUGCCCUUCUCGUGAGCCUUGCCGCCGUCUCGACACCGUGGCCGGCACGGUCGGAUGCGGCCCGCUUGGUCAACAGCCUCACAAGCUUUGGGCUCUCGACGGGGUUUUACCUCGUUGUCGUGGUUCCUGCGCUCCUUGUCGCUAAAUUUGUGGACCCGCGCGUCGGCUAUUCGUCGAAUUGGACGGUGCGCUACACGCUCUUGACCCGAUUUUUGGCGCCCAAUUCCGCUCUGGAUUUGCUGGAAAAGGUCAUUUUGUUUUCGGCCAGUCUAUGGAACGUCCGACAACUGGUCGACCCGAUGACGCUAAUGCGUUCGUCGGUCGUGGCCCCCACCGCGAUGACCAGUCGCGCGAUUGGUCCGCUCGUCGCGUCCUUCGAGAGGUUGGCCCCUUCGAAACCAGCACGGUAUAUCGUGUGGCGUUUGUGGGUCAAACGCGGCCUUGUGUUGUACUCGUUUUCGAUUGGUCUUGUGUCAGCGAUAGCUGGGCUGAGCGUCAUGAUGGCGCCCCCCCAUUGCCCCCCCGAAUGCGGCAUGGUGGCAACACCCUGGUGGACGAACAGCUGUACGUGUGCGUUGCUUCGCAUUGAGUGCAACGACACCAACGUCGCGUACACAACAAACCUCUUUUCGCCAGAACAACUCGGUUCGAUGUUGUUUUACGUGCAGUGGGUGCGCUGUCCACUGCGCAACGGACUCAAUUUCUCGUCGUUGUCGCAAUUUCCGCAGCUCUAUGGAGUCACGGUGCAGUCGGCGCAGAUAAUGACGAAUUGGUCGCUGCCACCCAACACGGCAUGGCCACCCAAUUUGCUUUCGCUCAAUUUUUACGAUACGCCGUUUAUGGACAUCCCACCCGCCUUGACGGUGCUACCAACCUACUGCCAGACACUGACACUUUCUCAGAGUCUAACGACAUCGACGUUGCCCCCGACGCGGCCGUCGUCGUGGGCCAACCUCGCUGCGCUGCUUCUGCACGACAACCAGCUGCAAGAAUGGCCCAACUGGAUUCACGAGCUCCGCGCCCUCGAGCGGUUGGAUGUCUCGUCGAAUCAGUUCAACUCGAUCCCCGAGAAUGAGCUACUCGCGCUCCCGGCGCUGAGUCGUCUUCAGAUGGCCCAAAACCGAGUGCCAACGUUGCCGUAUGCGCUGCUAGCGGCCAAACCGGCGCUCGUAUUGGAUUUGAGCAACAAUCCGAUUGACAAGGUCACGUCCGACGUGGUCGCGGCACGGAUUGCAGCGCGGCAGGUGCUCGUUGAUGGCAGUCCGUUCUGUCUCGCUGGUGGCGACGGCUGCGCCGCCGUGUGUGCACCGACGUGCUCCAACCUCGCGCGUGGCAACAAUGUGUGCGAGCGCAGCUGCUACAACCGCGAGUGCGCGUUUGACGCUGGCGAUUGCGCCGCGAAUGGCACCCAGUGGUGA